UAAAUAAAUAAGUGGCAGCAACAGGCAAAAGAUUUUAAAAAUCUAAAACCACAAAAUCAUCUAAACGAUACUAAGCGUGUCUGUGUCAGUGUGUGUGUGUGUGUGUGUAUCUGUGUGGGCUGUGAUCCGUCGCGUCAGCGUCUUAUAAGCCGAACUAAAGCCCAGGCUCAAUCCCAAAACGGCGGUCCCUAUAUCGUCGUUUCCUUUAUUCAGGCACGUACGUAAUCUCGCUCUUUCGCACUCGCUCGCGCUCACUCUCUCGCCGGUUAUAAUCAACCUGCCUGCUGAUCCAGCGGGCUAAAGACGCCGAUAAAGAUACAUACUAUAUCAAAAAGUAAGAGAAUAAGCACACAAAACAGAGAGAGAGAGAGAGAGAGAGAGACAGAGCCUGAAGUGAAGUAAAACUGUCGGCAGCUCCUGAUCAAGAUUAUGUGCCUAAUUUGAAGCUGUAAUUAAUUUGGAUACCCUAAUAAAAACAGACGCAGAGUGAGAAGUAUAAAGAAAGCAACAACCAAAAAGAAAAGCAACUCAGCUACCAAUUUGUGGGGCGUUGCACGCCUCCAUUUUUAUGGCCCCAUCGAUGUCUGAACAAUAUGGAACUGGCGAUUUGUAAGCAAGAGUUGACAGCAAGCAAAUUUAUGCUGCCACCAGCGGCGUUAGCAGCAGCAACCACAACGGCAACCACAACGGCCACACAACCAUUCCUAAAUUUCAAUACCAGCGUCUGCAGCAACAUGCGGCUCAAGAAGAAUCGUAAAGUAACAUUUCUAGAUGUAGAGCCCACACACAAAUAUAUCAAAGAGGAACCCAUUCAUGGCUGUAAGGAUUUACCCGUUUGCAGUUUAUCGGAUAUUUCAGAUCAUGAGGCCUCGCUGGAUGUGCCAUCCACAAUGCCACCCUUUACGCCCGGCACCAAUGGCAAAGUUAACGAGGUGCUCAAAGCCUCAUUUGCCUCCUGGGAAAAAGAAGUGCAGAAAUGCAAUAUAACCAAAGAUCCCCGCGAAUGGACGGAGGAGCAUGUCAUCUAUUGGCUAAGCUGGGCCAAAAAUGAAUUCUCAUUGCUGGAUCUGGGACAAUUCUGCAAAAUGACUGGACGUGAAAUGGUCGAGCUGGGCAAAGAGAAAUUCUUGGCCAUCACGCCGACAUUCACCGGUGAUAUACUAUGGGAGCAUUUGGAUAUACUACAGAAAGAAUGUGAAAAACCAAAUGAGGAUAUUGUGCAUGGAAAUUCCUUUGAAUCGGCUACCACCGCCUCGGUCUGUGGAUCGGACCAUCAGGUAGCCAAUUACCCAGCAAUAGCCACAACGCCAGUGUCUAGCAACAACAAUAAUAACAAUAAUAAUAGCAAUAGUAAUAGCAACAGCAUUGCGAGUCGCUUGUCCAUGGACUAUGCGGCAACAACAACGGCAAACAGUGAUAAGAGCAAUAGUUACCAUACAACACCCGCCGCGAUGCCCGCACACAGAGGCUACAACAGCAAUAACAACAGCAUUGCACAUGAUCGCAGCAACAACAGCCCGCCACCGCAGCAGCAGCAGCAGCAAUCGCAACAGAAUGGCAGCAACAACAGCAAUAAUAACAACAACAACAACAACAUGCUGCCACCAGCAGCAAACGUGCAACAGCAACAACAACAGCAGCAGCAGCAACAGUCUGCUGCUGAUAAUAGCAGCAGCGCCAGCACUGGCAGCAGCAACAGCGCCAGCAAUGCCAACAACAAUAACAACAACAACAACAACAACAAUAAUAAUAAUAACAUUAAUUAUAUGACUGCCAUGGCCGCCAUUUACCAGCAACAUCAACUCAAAGAGGAGCCUGGCACGCAGUCCAGCAAUGGCAGCAAUGCCGCCUAUGCCAGCAAUGCUCAAAGUGAUCCCACAGAUCUCAGCAGCUACGGACUGCCCGCCCAUUUAGCUGCCGCUGCAGCUGGACACUAUGGAGUGGGCAACAGCAGCGGCGCAGGCAGCACAGCAGGCGGUGCUGGAGCUGGUGCUGCUGGUGAUGAUAGCGAUUACCAUAGCACAUUGUCCGCGCAGGAGCAUCAAAGUCAGGCUUCCAGUGCUGGCAAUGGCAGCAGCAGUGCCAACAGCAAUGGCUACAUGGACGGCAGUCCGGACUUUUACUACGGCCGUGGACGCUUUGAGGGAUUUACGCCCGAAUAUACGCCAUAUGAUGCAGCGCAGUUCCAGUCAAUGAGCACACAGUCCAGCAUGGAUCAGUGGGCAGCGCAUCCGCAUCAGCAUUCGGCUGCCUAUAUGACCACGCUGGGACUGGACAAGACGCUGCUGGGCGGCUAUACAACGCAAGGGGGCGUGCCCUGCUUCACAGGCUCCGGACCCAUACAGCUGUGGCAGUUUCUGCUCGAGCUGCUGCUGGACAAGACCUGCCAGAGCUUCAUCUCCUGGACGGGCGAUGGCUGGGAGUUUAAGCUAACAGAUCCCGAUGAGGUGGCACGUCGCUGGGGCAUACGCAAGAACAAGCCCAAGAUGAACUAUGAGAAGCUGAGCCGUGGUCUGCGCUAUUAUUAUGAUAAAAAUAUUAUACACAAAACUGCAGGCAAGCGCUAUGUCUAUCGUUUUGUCUGCGAUCUGCAGAAUCUAGUGGGUCACACACCUGAGGAGCUGGUGGCCAAGUUUGAUUUGAAGAUUGAGAAAAAGGAUGUCGAUUAGCAUCAGACUGGAUGCACAGUUGGAGCAUAAAUUCAUGAUCUACAGCAGAGCUCUCGUUACUAAGGCCACAAAAGAUUACACAGAUAUAUCUUUCCCCCCAAGCGUGAUGUUAACUUUUAAGCAGCAGCAUUAAAAACUGCGAUCUUGCUACGAGAUUAGAGAUGUGUUUGAGAUAUAUACAUAUACGUUUUUGUAAUUA